UGAGCAAUGCAUUUGGACAAUAACGGCAGCAUCUUUAAACAACUACGUCAAAAUCGACGUAAUAGAUUCCAUACUAGAAGGUGGAGAUGGAUGUCAAUAUGAUUUUGUUAAGGUUUUUGACGGGAGCAGCGUCAAUUCGCCUUUAAUGAAGGUGUGGUGCAGUACAAUGGAGCCUACGUUACAGAGCUCUGGGCAGGCAAUGACCCUGAUGUUUAAAUCUGACUCCUCUAACACAUUCAGAGGGUUCAGACUCCAGUACACUGAAACUAGUCUCUUCCCAACAUCUUCCCCUCAAUGUGGAGCCGCACACCUGUCCGCCUCUAAUGUUUACCAAUACCUUCAGUCCCCAGGAUAUCCUAUCACUUAUCAAGACAAUGAACAAUGUAUUUGGACGAUUGAAUCAACCCUAAACAGCGUCAUCGAAAUCAUUGUGGACGAUUCAUAUUUGGAGGGUGGAACAGGAUGUCCAUAUGAUUAUGUUAAGGCUUUCGAUGGUAACAGCAUAGAUUCACGGAUGUUACGAGUUUGGUGUGAUGUGACGACACCGACUGUACAAAGCUCUGGGCGGUAUAUGACACUCCUUUUCAAAACCGAUGCCACCAAUACCUACAAGGGUUUCCGACUAGCAUAUUUGGAAAGAACGGCAGUCACGCCAUCACCGAAUCCUCAAUGCGGCACCUCAGAUCUUAUGGCGCUGACGUCCGACCAGUACCUUCAGUCACCAGGAUAUCCAAACGCUUACCCAAACAACGACCAAUGUGUCUGGACAAUAACGGCAUCAACAUCAAGCUAUGUGGUCAAAAUCGUUGUACUAGAUUCAGUUCUAGAGGGAGGAAGCAAUUGUCCCUACGACUUCGUUAAAGUUUACGAUGGUCGUAGCACAUCUUCGCGGAUGAUAAGUGUUUGGUGUGAUCGGAUGACACCAACAGUGCAGAGCUCUGGGCGGUACAUGACACUCAUGUUUAAAUCAGACACCUCUAACACAUACAAAGGUUUCAGACUCAAGUACUUUGAAACAGCCGUCUCUCCAACACCUGUACCUCAAUGCGGCACCACAGAUCUAACGGCCGGAACAUCCUACCAGUACCUACAGUCACCAGGAUAUCCUAACGCUUAUCCAAACAACGACCAAUGUGUCUGGACAAUAACGGCAUCAACAUCAAGCAAAGUGGUCAAAAUCGUUGUACUAGAUUCAGUUCUAGAGGGAGGAAGCGAUUGUCCCUACGACUUCGUUAAAGUUUACGAUGGUCGUAGCACAUCUUCACGGAUGAUACAAGUUUGGUGUGAUGUGAUGAGACCUACAGUGCAGAGCUCUGGGCGGUAUAUGACACUCAUGUUUAAAUCAGACAACUCUAACACAUACAAAGGUUUCAGACUCAAGUACUUUGAAGCAGAUGGGAGUUGCGGUGGUCAACUGAGUGCUGUGUCCUAUGACCAGUAUAUGACGUCACCAGGGUAUCCUCAGAACUAUCAAAACAACAUGGACUGUAUUUGGACAUUAACAACGGACAUGUCAGACAUCAAGAUUGACGUCCUCGACUCUGACAUAGAAUCCGCAUCCUCAUGCGACUAUGACUACGUGGAAGUCUACGAUGGAUCCAGCACGAAUUCAGAUGUAAUUGGGAAAUUCUGUGGGACACAGGAACCAACCUACGUCAGUUCUGGUACAACUGUCACCAUCAAGUUCCAUUCAGACAACUCAAAUACAGAGAAGGGAUUCCGACUUUCCUAUACCGGGGGAACAUUUCCUGCAUGCGGUGAUCAAGAUCUCACGGCUUACACGUAUCAAAGCGACCUCACUUCGCCUAACUACCCUUACAGUUACCCAAAUAAUGCUGAUUGCUCGUGGACAAUAAGUACCGACCUUUACGACUACGUGAUCAAUGUUGACGUCGUUUCGUCGGACCUAGAAUAUUCGUCCAGUUGUUCGUACGACUACUAUGAGUUUUUUGAUGGUACUGAUGACAUGUUUACUUCACUUGGGAGAUAUUGCGGCAGCAGUCUACCCACACAACACAGCUCCGGACAGAACAUGUACAUCAAAUUCCACUCCGACAAUUCCAACACAGGAGCAGGCUUCAAGAUGACGUACCAAGCCGAACCCAGUGACAACUUUUCAGAUCUUGACCCUCCUAAUAUCAUUGCAAUAGUUGGAGGAUCCAUUGGGGGCUUCGUACUCAUCAUUAUCAUCUGCAGCCUCAUAGCGGUAGCCAAUAAGAAGAAAUCUCGGCCGGUGGUCAAUCAAGUUCGCAACGAUGGCAUUUACAAUGUCAGUCAGGGUCCCUUUGAAACAACAGUUACUCCGGCCACCUUUCAGCCACCCCCUCCAUAUUCCCAGGUGGUCAGUCCUCCCCCCUACCCCCAGCCUGUUGCUACCAGUGACACAUCACCAAUCGUAACCCAAGUACCAGAGACACCCAAUCAGUGAACAGCAAGUUAUUUGGGUAAAGGUUGCGAUGAUAUGGUGAUUAUUAAAGGAUUCAGUCUUACUUUGAAGAGCAAGCAUAUUGUGGUUGUUUUGAAUAUUCAAUCUCAUGAAAAUGUGAACAGGUUCAUUUCGUACGAAAUAUUAGAUCAAGAAGGUUUCUGCAUUAGAGUGCAAACAGAAUGCUAAAUUUGCUCUUGUACCUUUGUUGUUAAAAUAAAAUGCAGUUUGUGCC